UACGGCGCAUGCGUAACGUUACCAGUGUCGCUGUCACUACUAUGACUUUAAAUGUCACGUAGCAUUUAAAUAGUUUUUUUAAACAUAAUAGGCACACUGCUUCAAUGCAUUAACAUAUUUAGGACUAAAGUUUAUUAGUUAUCAGAACAGCACGUAAUUUGUAGCAGAUAUCAGUGUCGCUCGUCUUCUUUUGGCUCUGCAGAGACAUGUUUACAUCUCAGACCUCUUCCUUCCAGGAGUCCAUAGACGUGGAUGAAAGGGAUGCAGACUUCGACAACGAAGAGAUCGGCGGAUACAGCCAGAAAAUACAACAGAUUAACAGCUACUAUGCCAUAUAUUACUACCAGAACACAAGAUCUGAGGCUUCUGGAGAAAGUGUGGCCUGGAGCCAGAGGAGAUCAGACUCAACCACAAGUCAGGAAGACUUUAGUCUCACGCUGCUGGACGCCAGCUUGCCACCUGAGGCUGAGCCAGAACUACGAAGCUACAUCUCCCGCAGGCUGAGCAAAGGCGCUUUGCUAGGGGGCAUGGGUAACAUUGCCACUGUGGAGCUAAGCAUCCCUGAGCAAGCGGUGGGCUGUUACUGUUGUCUGCUGGAGCAGGAGAAAUCUCCAGAACAGCCUGAGGCCGAUGGCAACGGCUGGGUGGUGUGUCUUCUCGGAGGAUCAGAAAAGGGCCUGAAUCUAUUUAGAAUUGAGCUGGACAAGUACGUCCAGGGUCUGCAGGGCAGUUUGACUCCAGAGAUGCAUAAUUUGGAGACAGAAGUCAGGCCCUACUUGAACCGCUGGUAUGAAGAGUCAGUUAUGCACAUUCACAGAGUGGUUCAGCUGUUGCAGGCGAACGUCGGGUACCUUCUGCAUGCUGCUUUGAGUCACAAGCUUGUCGAGGUCACAGGGGCAGAUGAGAAGACAAAAGCAGAUGUGGCGAGAUUUAUCAAGGCAGCAAGCCUACAGGGUCUAGUUCAGGAAGACACCACUACAGCCUCGCUCUGUAAGGCCAUUUCAGAGGACUCUCACACCAGUCUGAUCAUCGACUGCUCAACCAGCCCACCUACAGUCACCAAUGAAGUCAGUAACCGGUUCUGCGAUGACUGGAUCCAGGCCUUCCUUAAUGCUGCUGAGCGCUUUAACCCUUUCCUUCUCCGUCAAAUCCUGGAGAACUUUAAACUUAAGGCCAUCCAGGACAUGAACAACCUGAAGCGCUUCAUCCGUCAGGCUGAAAUGAGUCACUACGCUCUUUUCCGCUGCUGUCUGUUCCUGCAGAGCUGUGGAAACGGGGACGUGCUGCUGCAGAACGCACGGGCCGAGCACAGCAGCCUUCCUGAGGCCUGUGGAAUCAUAAACGUGCUGGAGGAGUUCCUUGGUGAGCAAACACAGGGCACGGCGCACUGACACCACCGUGUUUCAUACACUCAUCUAUCUGACAGCACCUGGGAAGCAGCUGCCCAGAAUUCCUAACACAAAUUAUCAUAGCAGCGUUUGCAUUUUAAGCAACUUCAACAAACUUGAAUUGAAAACACUAAGUAUAGUCCGUCUUUGAGUGAGUAUUAGUUCAACAGCAAAGUUUGAAAAAAGAUUUUGCUAAGAUGUGCUGUGUGUUUAUAUGGGUGCUUGAUCAACUAAAUAGAUCCUAUAAAAUGGACCAAUGAAAAAUACAUGUGUGAUCAAACUUUAUUUAAAUCAUUUUUCUCAAUAAUGUGAAUAUAUUAACACAAUACUGUUUAUAUGUGACAACUGAUUUUAGGAUGUAGUCUCUAUUAUGUUGCAGUCACUGGUUUGAAGAUUUUUAAAACGGACAGUCCUGUAUGUUUACUGAAAUAGCAAACUGAAUUACGAAAGUACUCACAUAAUCAUGAAGCUCUGCACAAGCCAACAGCCUAUAAACACUCUACUUUGAUUUACUAUACUAUGACCUGCAUUGCCCGUUGUUGAUAGAUAUAUUUUUUGGUGAUGAAGUGCUUAAUUUGAUAAUAUUCUAUUAUUUUUUAGUAUAAAUAGUUUGAUUUAUGUUCUUGUUUGGUAUUACAGAUUUUUUCUUACCAAAGACAAACAAAACUUCCUGAUAAUCAUAAAAUUGGAUGUAAAUGUAAUAGUUAAAAAGAACAGAAUUGUGAGAAUCAUAUCCCUUAAAAAUCAUGUGUAUAUAUAUUGAUUCAUCUGUAAAUGGUGAUAAUGUUUAUAAUUAUCAUAAUUUAUGGUUUUCCUUCUUGUUCAGAUUUGACAUGACUGUACUGUGAAUAAUUUGUUCCGGGAACAUUUCAUUUGUGUGAACUUGUAACAUUAAAUAAAUAUUCAACA